AUGGGUUGCAUGAGUUCAAAGCCCGUUGAUUCAGCGGACAAAGAUGCCAUCCAACGAAGUGCCAGGAUAGAAAAGGUCCUGAAGAACGAUAAGAAAACGAUGGAUCGGACCAUCAAGAUUCUCCUUCUCGGUGCCGGAGAAUCGGGGAAGUCGACGAUUAUAAAACAGAUGCGAAUUAUACACUCGGGUGGCUUUCCUGAAGAUGAGCGUCGCCAGACACGUGCGGUGAUAUAUUCCAAUCUCAUUAUUGCAUUCAAAGUCUUGCUGGACAUUAUGCGCUCGGAAAGCAUCGAUUUUCAGCUGGGAAGGACAAAGGUACCAUUGGCCGACUUUGUCGAUGGACUCGAGCCCGAUGUAGGCUCCGAUGAGGCGUUCUCAGACCCGAAAGUUCGCGAUGCGUUAAGAGUCAUGUGGGAUGACACGGGUGUUCAAAAAGCUGUCGCCAGGGGUCAUGAGUUUGCGCUUCAUGAUAACUUGCAUUACUUCUUUGACUCGCUUGACCGAAUAUUCACUCCUGGGUGGCUUCCAGAUAACCAGGACAUGCUGCAGGCUCGGUUGCGGACAACUGGAAUUACAGAAACUCUGUUCGAACUCGGUCAAAUGAACUUCCGAAUGAUGGAUGUUGGUGGACAGCGAUCCGAACGGAAGAAGUGGAUCCAUUGCUUCGAGGGUGUUCAAUGUCUUCUUUUCAUGGUGGCCCUAUCUGGUUAUGACCAAUGCCUUGUUGAAGACCAAAACGCCAAUCAAAUGCACGAGGCAAUGAUGCUUUUUGAGUCUUUGGUCAAUGGCGAAUGGUUCAAGCGCAAACCCAUCAUCCUGUUCUUGAACAAGAUCGAUCUUUUCAAAGGGAAACUCCACGUUUCACCCGUGUCCAGCCAUUUCCCCGACUACAAUGGCUUGGAUACGGACUUUGAUGCGGCGGCGAGGUACUUCGCAGACCGUUUCCGAGGAAUCAAUCGGAUCCCGGAUCGAGAAAUCUACAUCCAUUACACAAACGCCACCGACACGACGUUGCUGAAGGCAACUAUGGAUUCGGUGCAGGACAUGAUCAUCCAGAAGAACCUCCACACCUUGAUACUAUAA